AUGGGCCUGAAUAUAUUCUCAUUGCAUGAUAUGGGUAGUAGCAUGGAUCUGAUAACAGCUAAACGCCUUGGUCAAUGGGCAACCCGUCUUUACAUUGCUUUAUUUAUUAGUGGUCUCAGUAUUCUCACUAUCUAUACUAUAGUUCAACCACAUGUAGUGACAAAAACUUUUGAUACAUCAUCUUUUAGUAUUUACAAUAAUUUACAACAGAAAUAUGGAGAUGAAUUAAAAUGUCCAUGUUCAGUGAUUGCAUCGAUUUUAGAUCAAUUUGUCAAAAUUGAACCAAUAUUUCAUGAAAUUUGUUCGAGUCCAUUUGCAACAAAACAAUACCGAAAUGAUCUUAUAGCUGGUCUUAUGUCUAACUUGUCGAUUUAUGUAACAAGAGACUAUCGUCGUUUUCUUUCUGCUCAUUUACAAGCUCUUCAAGGAUUAUGUCAAGUCUCUAAUACAGCAGUAUACGAUUCUAUUAACCAGUUUCGUACUUCACUGUUUGUUACUUCUCAACUUCUAUCUGAAAAAAAAUUUGGUGAUCAACUUAAUUCGUUAAUCGAACAAACUAAAUCAAAUGCUCCUACUACAUUCCGUCGAUAUCUCUUCUUAAUUCGAAAUAUCAAUCAUGGAAAUGCUUACAUGUCAACAUAUGGAACAAAUUUCGAAUAUAUUGGUGAUCCGAAUGCAUCUAAAUAUACAUAUGCAUCUACUCGAGCUAUAAUAUAUGAUGGAUGUUCUUGUGGAAUGUAUCUAAAUUGUACAAGUCAAGCAAAUUUUAUCGAAUCAAAUUCAUCUAAACUGUUUCCAGUCAAAGGCUUGAAAAUAGGUUGUACUCCAAGCGAAUCAUUUCGUGCUUCGACUCUUGAAUGUUUUUAUGAUCGUUCAUGUAUUGAUCUCAUUCAUCAAUAUACUAAUUAUACGAGAUCUCAUAAUCCUGUCUUGAACAUGACGAGUCGUUUCUCAAUAAACACUACAAUAGCUAAGCUUAUCGAUAAUCUAUUCAUAGAAAGAUGGGCGACAAAGAUGAAUUAUUCAUCUUAUUUUCAUGCAUGUGCUCCAUUGUAUUGUUCAUAUACUUAUAUUCAAAAAAAAAGCAGCUUUAUCUAUACAAUAACUGUCUUACUUGGUCUUCAAGGUGGUUUAUCAAUUGUUCUUAAAUGGUUUUGUCCUAAAAUAGUUCGAAUCGCAUCUAAAGUGAAUGAUUAUCGAAAAAAACGAAUGAAUACGAUUUAUCCUGUCAAUUCUCUUGAAAUUACACCGAAUGUUACUCUUAGCACAACCAUACAUAAUCCUGCAUGUAAUUUAGAAUCAAGAUCAACACCUACAACAUCUCGAACAAUUGCUACUACAUCAAUUCAAUGUUCUUGGAAGGUCCUCUUCAGAUGUCUACUAUUGAUGUCGAUCAUAGCAGUUCUAACUAUUUUUUCAUUUUAUGUCGCACGAGAAGUUCCGUCGACCAGUACGACAAAUGAUACUACUAAUUCGAACUCAACAAUAAACACAACAACAUCAACAUUAACAAGCACAACAGUGCCAUGUUCCAAGUUAAACUUUCAACUAACAUCAAUAAAUAUAUCUGAUGUUCCACUUUAUGUACGAUCAUUUGCUGUUGCUGACUUCAACAAUGAUAGUCGACUUGAUAUUGUAGUUUUUUCUAACUAUGACGAAAGUGUGAUUAUACUGCGUGGAAAUGAGAACGUAACUUUUACAGCAGAAAAUAUUUUUCCAAAAAAACGUUUUGGCUAUGUGAACAUUAUGAAAGUUGGUGAUUUCAAUAAUGAUAAUCGAGCCGAUCUCGUAUUUACCUAUAUAAAUUUAGACUAUAUAAACAUUCUAUUUGGAAAUGGGAACGGAACGUUUAGAAUAGUGGAUAAAAAAUUAGAGACAAGAGAUUGUACACCCAACGAUAUCGCUGUAGCUGACUUCAAUCAUGACAAUUAUUCUGAUAUUGUUUUCAUUGAUACUUCCUUUUCUAACGUUUGUGUACUUCUUGGAAAUGCCAACGACACUUUUUCGGUGCAGCUGAUGUUUUCCACUGGACAGUAUAGUAAACCUGAGUCAGUAACUGUCAGUGACUUUAAUAGUGAUGGACACGUAGAUAUUGCUGUCGCUAAUAGUAGAGCGCUGAAUGUUGGCAUAUUUCUUGAAUGCGGCAAUGGAACUUUUGAAAUACAAAAGCGAUCUUUUACUUUCAUGGGUUUUUAUCCAAACCAUAUUGUUAGCGGUGAUUUUGACGGUGAUACUCAACAAGACGUCGUUAUCGCUCAGGACUUCACACGUCUAGUCGCUGUAUUGUCUAAAUAUAGAAAUGGAUUUUUCACCGUCAAAGAGAAAUUUAUUAUAAAAUCUGACAACAUAAAACGUAUGGUUGUAGGUGAUUUUAACUGUGAUGAUCAUUUAGACAUUGCUGUCAUGGGUGUGUCAUAUGGUACAGAUAUGCUUGUUGGAUAUGGAGACGAUGGCUAUUGUUUAGGAACAAAUCGUACUUAUCUUAUAAAAAGAGAUCUUUUAAGUGGUCUUAAAGGUGGAGAAUUUACAGUCUAUGAUAACCAAGGAAAAAUUACUUUAUUUCGAAUGGAAUCAAAAUUCGCUAUACUACAUAAUAUUAGAAUAUUUAAAGGUUUAAACAAAAAACAAAAUCCUAUAGCUUUAUUAAAAGCUAAAUUAAGUUUUGUUCUAUACAAAGGAACAAUUGCGAUUUUUAAUAAAAAUUCUAAUGAAUGGAUAAAUGGAACAAUUGAACAAAAUUUUAAAAUUGUUGGAAAUAAAUUUACUAUUAAGUACAAUAAUACUGAAGUUUCAAUGGAAGGAAAAGCUGCAUCAUUAGAUACAACAUUUAUCGAUCAAUCAAAUAAACAAGUUUUAGCUAAAUUUCAUAAAAGAGUUUCUUCAUUAUUUUGGAGAAAUAAAUAUGAUUUACAAGUUUUAUCCGACAAACUUCCCGACCAAGUUUAUUUCUUAGGUAUUGCUGCAAGAGAUAUUAAUAAUAACAGAAUUCAGACUGGUUAA